AUGGGUCAAGCCGACGGGGUACAAUGUCGAACUGUCGAGGUUUUUGAAAGUUUCGGUAUUGCAGAGAAGCUUCUCCGGGAUGCAUACCAUGUGCUUGAGAUAGCAUUCUGGUCUCCGGACGGAAAGGGUGGGCUUCAUCGCAAAGGACGGACGGCUGAUACCCAACCUGGCCUCAGUCAUCAGCCACACCUCAUCCUCAACCAAGCGAGAAUUAACGGGUUUCUACUUGAAGCCAUGCGGAAAGCGCAUGGCCAAGAGGUAGACUAUGGAUACACUGUCAAGAGUGUAGAGGUGGAUUCAAGUUUAGCAAAGGAUCCUGAUUCAUAUUGCACCACGGUGGUGGCAGAGAAAGACGGCAAGGAAGAGGUUUUCAAAGCGAAAUAUGUCCUGGGAUGUGAUGGCGCCCACAGCAUGGUACGCAGAUCUCUCGGCUAUCAAAUGAUAGGCGAUACGACAGAUGCGGUCUGGGGGGUCAUGGACAUCUAUCCCCGAACCGAUUUUCCAGACAUCAGACGCAAGUCGACCGUCCAUUCAGACUCUGGCAUGAUUCUCGUCAUCCCAAGAGAAGGAGGGUCAUUGGUGCGCUUCUACAUUGAAUUCCCGGCCGGUACGAACGUCAAAGAAGUCACUCUCGAAGAUCUACACAGGAAAGCACAACAAGUCUUCCACCCGUUCUCGAUGGAAUUCCCAGAGACGUAUUGGUGGUCAUGCUACUGCAUAGGUCAGCGACUGGCGGACCACUUCACCAAGGACAAUCGGGUCUUUCUGACCGGUGACGCUUUCCACACACAUUCACCCAAGGCCGGUCAAGGGAUGAAUGUCAGUUUACAGGACGGAUACAAUAUCGGCUGGAAGCUGAGCAUGAUCUUGGAAGGCAAGGCCACCCCAGAGUUGCUGAAGACGUACAAUCUCGAACGCGGCAAAACGGCCGCCGACCUGAUUGAUUUCGAUAGGUGGUUCACCAAGCUGUUCGCCUUGAAGGAAGCCGGUCAGGAUAGCAAGAUGACACCGGAGCAAUUCCGACAAGCCUUUAUCAAAUCUGGCCGAUACACUGCAGGAUUGACUGCCAAAUACGAGGACUCCAGCAUCACGUCUGCUGCCGGAAGUCGGCAGAGCCUGGCCGAGAACAUAGUUGUCGGUAUGAGGUUCCCGAACGCGCAAGUCGUGAGAUUUUGCGAUGCAAAAGCGAUGCCAUUGGUUCAAGCGCUGAAGGCAGACGGUCGAUGGCGGGUGAUAUUCUUCGCCGGCAAGAUUGGGCAGGCUGACACUCUCGCGAGGUUGAGAAAGAUUGCCCAAUACCUUGAGUCCCCUACUGGUCCAGUCGAGAGAUAUACUUCUCCAUCAGCGGACAUCGACAGCCUCAUCGAGCCAAUCGUGGUCUUCAGCGGUGCGCGGGUCGAGUUGGAACAGGAGGAGAUUCCGGACUAUUUCUGGCCAAUCACUGGCAAAUGGAAUAUGAGAGAUCUACAUAAAACAUUUGUCGAUGACGAAAGCUAUAAUUCGGGCCAUGGCCACGCAUACGAAAGAUACGGCAUCGACCCAGAUUCCGGCGCCACUAUCAUCGUUCGACCUGACCAAUAUGUCUCCAAAGUCAUAUCUAUCGACGAUGUCGAAGGUAUAGGCCAGCUGUUUGACUCAUUUUGCGUCUCACAGUCCCACAACGGGGCCGUUCAUCCUCCUAGUCUUUAAAAUAAUCGAUAAUGAGUCAAACUCAACCACUCGCCUUCUAGACUUUAUUUCAGCCAUGACCCCACCACAAAAGACCUCCAACAGCCAACAUAUUCACAACAGUAUGCUGUCCAACCACCCAGGCCGCCGUAUAAAGAUACUUGGGCGAGAAGACGGUCCAAAUGAACAAAUGCUCUCUGAGCACCAAGCAAGCGACCAUGACGGCCAGAGUGUGCACACACGCAAAAGUCGCCGUGGUCGUCAUCAUCAUUCCCACACCUCCCUUGCGAAGUUGUGGUGCGCUAUAGAGCUGACACACCGCGAACGCCCACCAUACCGGCCCAGCCCAAUUACUCACGAACGUAAGCGCGCCUACAGCCACGACGUUGUAGCCGCUGACUCCAUUGUAGGCGUUUGACAAGUCGAUCGUGGCUAUGGAAUUGGUCCCACCAAACAUAAAGAAUGACGCGUACUGGGCGAGGAGUGCAAGGAUAGAUAUCUCGCUCACACUAUACUGUCGUCCACGUCUCAACAGGUAUACUUGUAAGCUAAAGAAGAGGUACAGCGGUAUAUAGACCGUACGUGACUGCGUCACGAGGAACAAUGAGAGCACAUCUUGAACCGCGUCAAGAAAUUCUCG